AUGAUUGGAGUCUGGAACGUCCGUACUUUACAGGAUAACGACCAUAAUCAGUGCCCAGAGAGAAAGACAGGACUUAAUUCAAGGGAAUUGGCUAGAUAUAACAUCGACAUUACCGCCAUAAGUGAAACACAUCUUAGUGACUCUGGACAGUUAUGUGAACCGCUCGGAGGUUAUACCUACUACUGGAGUGGAAAAUCAUCCACUGAAAGGGCGGAAAGUGGGGUAGGCUUUGCCAUACGCAAUAAAUUGGCAUGUUCACUAACAGAACUCCCAAAAGGUAUCAGUGACAGAAUAAUAACACUCAGACUUCACCUGGCAUCCAAGAAAUAUCUUCACUUGAUCAAUGUAUACGCACCUACAUUGCCAUCUCCGGAUGAAGAGAAGAACAAGUUCUACCAAGACCUCCGACGUGUCCUUAGGGAUAUUCCUUCUGCAGAUAAACUUCUGUUACUUGGUGAUUUUAAUGUUCGUGUUGGGAAUGAUUUCAGUGCUUGGAAUGGAGUCCUCGGUCGCCAUGGGAUUGGAAAAUGCAACUCGAAUGGUUUGGAUCUUCUAACUCUAUGUGCCGAGUUUGAACUCUGUCUGACAAAUACAUAUUUUCGUCUGCCUGAAAAAUAUAAAACGACAUGGAUGCAUCCGCGAUCGAAACACUGGCACCUUCUGGAUUAUGUGAUAGUACGGAAAAAAGAUCUUGGUGACGUACUGGUCACACGUGCAAUGAGAGGCGCUCAGGGUUGGACAGACCAUCGACUCGUGAGGUCCAAAUUAAAGAUAACUUUGAAGACACCACGCCGAGCUUCACACAAAAUACCAACAAAAUUGUCCUGCAAAAUCUUGGCCAAUGAUCAGACUAUGAGAGCAAAACAGGAUGAAAAAUUUGGUGUCGAUGGCCUUUUGACAUCUGAAUCUGCCACUGUAGAUGAACAGUGGAGUGCAUACGCUAGCAGACUGCGUGGCUGUGCUUCAGAAGUCUUGGGAAAGCCUCAGAAGAAGCACCAGGACUGGUUUGACGACUCAGAUCCAGAGAUCAGAAAGCUAAUUAAUGAUCUCAGAACAACCUCUCUUCGCACCCCUGAUGAUAACAAGCAUAGAGCAGCGCAUUACAAUCUGAAAGUGAAGGUACGUGCUCUCAAAGACAGUUGA